AUGGGUUAUCGCGACGCCUCCAACAAACAGUGGAUUGUGGUCUUCGUCAACACUGUCAUUCGUCUCGUUCAAGCCAUUGUCUCCGUUGUGGCGCUAGGUCUCUAUGCUGCUCAGCAACCAAUCUUCCUCCAGGGUGAGAUAGCAUGGAGAAUCGACUGCAACCUCGCCUUUGCGGGUGCUGCCUUCGUUACCGCUCUCGUAUUCCUCCUAAUCCCGAUCUUAGUCUCCUACCGCUUGGUCGCGCAGCUUGCACCAUGGGAUUUUGUUGUCCUUAUUCUAUGGGCUGCUGGGUUUGGCUUGACCAGAUGGACUUUUUACACAAAAUACGACAACCUCCCCAGUUAUGGACUUCGCUGUCCAGUUAUCAUCCAGCCGAUUUGUAGUCUGCUUGCUGCGCACUGGGACGCCAUGGUAGACGCUAGCUGGACCAAUAUCACUGGACUGUGUUUGUCUGCCAUCAGCGGAACCAUGGGUGUUCUGCUGCUAUGGAUGGGCAGUACCAGCGUCUCAUCAUCGACGAAGAAUCUCGUGUGA